AUGGAUGUUAGGUGGCUCUAGUUCAUGGUGCAUGGAUCAUGGCUCUGGCUUUUGCCCAUUAUGGAAAAGAGACAUAGCAAUGAAACAUUGAGUUAAAUAGGGGAUAUAAUCAAAAGCCUAUUUUGGAGGAUAUUUUUUAUCAGGUUUUACGGUCCAGACGAAAACAUAAUGAGGGCUUUGGAGUUAAAUAGCUCAGAACAAAAUUAUAAAGUGAUCAUGUCUGAUGAGUAAGACGAUGAGUAACUAUUUAAUAGAAUCAGAAUCGGAAUGCUGAGCAAAUUGAGUGACUACGUGUUCUGCUCAUUGACUGCCUUAAUGGAAGACCACCAACCAUAGGAUAUGUUUUUUUCUAAAGCUAUUUAAGAUAAUCAAAUGAAAAAAAAAAAAAACGUAAGCGUUUAGUGUACCUCCGAUUACGACUAUGUAGCAGCAGUAUUUUAGAUGGAAAUGUAUUUUGGGGGGAAUUACAUAAAAUGUAAUGUUUCCUGAAAGUUAGAUUGGUUACCCUGCAUUUAGAAAGGGCUGAUUUAUAUACAGAUGUAGUUCUUACUGCAUAAAAUACUAGGUUUAUCCAUAAUUGCACACCAUAACAUUUUGCGUUACAUUACAUGCUGUUCAAGGGUUAUUCAAUUAUACCCAUUGAUGUCUGACAAAUAUAUAAUUUAGCAAAACUGUGUUACAAUAUCAUAACCCUGUUGACUAUUCAAACAUUUACCAACUUCUUCCAUUUUGUAUUCAUCUCUUUCCUAGGGCGAAAGACAACGACGACAAAGAAACUGUGCCAGGAAAAGAGAUCCAGGUGUCUGUGUGUGAUGAGGAGAAGGUGGUGUGUGGUGUGACCAAACACACAACAUGUGCUGACAUAGUCCAAGCCUUACUGGAAGACCACAAGAUCACCCCCGAGAGCAAGAGGCUCCUGCACGGCGACCCCAAAUACUUCUGCCUGCUAGAGCGUUGGAAAGGCUUUGAGAGGGCUCUGCCUCCCUUAACCCGCAUCCUCAGGCUAUGGAAUGCCUGCGGAGACCAGAGACUGUUAAUCCAGUUCACCCUGGUCAAGGCCAGCGAUUUUGUCCCCCAAUCAGGAGCCAAGGGGGCCAAAUCCCUCAAGGGGGCCAAGGGGACUAAGAGAUGGGAGCAGGGCCCGGCCCAGUACUCCCAGUCGAUGCCGAUGGAGAGGCAGAAACGUAUGGUGAAGAAGGCCUUCAGGAAGCUGGAGAAGAUCCAUAAGGAGAAGAGGGUAAUGGAAUUUUCUCCGGGCAGUGACGAGAUCGACAGGAUGGUUCAUCUCCUUAUACAACAGGACCACACCAUCCGGCAGCAGACCCAGAAGAUGCGAGAGCUGGACAGUGAGAUGGAGUGCUUACACAUGGAGCUGAAGGUGGGUCAGGGGCAGGAGACAGAGCUUCUCCAUGAGGGCUCUCCCUCACUCUCCCCGGUCUCCUUCCCCCACAACCAGAGCAUGGACAGCAAGCCGGGGGUCUCCGAGGAGGAGCUGCUGCAGGAGUGCCUGUACAACAGUGACGGGGUGGCCCAGUUGGAGAUGCAGGUGCAGAGGCAUCAGGAGCUUAUUGCCCAGCUGUCCCAGGACUUCGAUGCAGAGCUGACGAGGGCCAUGUUAGCAUUACCGGAGGUCCCCAAAGAGGAUACUCAGUUACAGGGGGCAAUGGCAGAGUCUGGGGUCACUUCCGACCCAUACCUGUCCUGGGAAUCGGCAGAACUAGAGAGACUGCAUGCCGAACUGAGGCUAAGCCUUUGCACCGGCGCGUCCCUUCACACCCAAACGGCCGAUCUGCAGAAGGCGCUAAAGCACUAUGACACAACACUUGCCUCCAAGGACCAGGAGUGCUGGCAGCUGGCCUCCCAGCUGAGCACAUUGCAGGUUGGGGAAAGUGCACAGGAAAUGCCAAGGCUUGGGACUAUGAAAGGCCAGGCCCGGUACAUUGCUCCACCGGCAGUUAGAUUCAAACACAACCUGUCCCCUACAGAUGUUACAGACACAGACUCUGACACAGGGAUCAGCUCCACACACAGUCAGGACUCUCUGUCUCCCUGCCUGGACAUGAUCCUGCCACCGUUGGACACAGCUGUCUAA